AUGGAAUCCGGCAAGCAAGAACGUUUUUUAGGAUCUCGACGAAUGGCUUUGCGUCGAUUCCAAAACCUAGAGCGGAAACUUCAAGCUAAUCCAGCUUUGAAUCAAGCCUACUCAGCUUUUAUGAGUGACUAUGAAUCACUAGGGCAUAUGUCUCUCGCUCCUAGUCCUGGUGACUACUUCAUACCUCACCAUCCUGUUUUUAAAGGUGAUGUUGCAACCAGUAAAAUUCGAGUGGUAUUUGACGCUUCGGCCACUACUUCAUCCAAUCGUUCCUUGAAUCAGUGUCUUUUUACUGGUCCAAAGCUUCAGCAGGAUAUUGUUGAUAUCAUGCUCCGAUUUCGUGUACACCAAUUCACCUUCACAGCAGAUGUGUGUAAAAUGUAUCGACAAAUACUGGUACUUCCACAAUAUCGGAAGUACCAACACAUCUUCUGGCGUGCGUCACCGUUGGACGAACUUAAGGAGUACCAACUGAACACGGUCACUUACGGAGUGAACUGUGCUCCUUACCUAGCGUUGCGAGUUCUGAAGGACCUUGCCGACAAUUGUUGUGCAGAGUUUCCAGGUGUCAAACAGGCACUAACUCACCAAACUUACGUUGACGAUAUUUGCGUUGGCGCCGAUAGCACAAGCCAACUGUUGACAUUGAAAUCUGAUUUGAAAUCUGUUCUGAGUACCGCUGGUUUUGAGCUGAAAAAAUGGUCCAGUAAUGAUCCACAGAUUCUGGCUACUAUUCCACAAGAGGAUCGUGUCCAAAGGAUCUUACAGUUCGAUGACCCUGAGGCGGGAUUGGUCAAGGUUCUCGGUUUGAAUUGGGACUCUUCCGAAGAUACUUUUGGUUUUGAAGUCUCUUCUUCGUGUGAUGUCAUGACCAAACGCGCCGUUCUGUCAACCAUUGCCAGAAUAUUCGAUCCAAUUGGCCUUAUCGCUCCAGUAAUCUUCUAUGCCAAGCAUAUAUUGCAGAAAAUCUGGAAGGCAGGAUUAGCUUGGGAUGCGCCACUUCCGUCCGACUUGACUGAGGAUUGGAAAAUCUUUGUCCAAGAUCUCCAUACAUUGACUAAAGUCAAGAUUCCGCGUUUUCUGGCUACAAAAAAUGGUUCCCAUGUCCAGCUUUGCGGUUUUUGUGAUGCUUCAGAGCAAGGCUACGCAGCAAUUGUUUAUCUUCGCUUGAUUCAGCCAGAUGGAUCCGUCUCCAUUUCCCUUCUAGGAUCCAAGACGAAAAUGGCGCCCAUGAAGAAGAUCACUAUACCUCGACUUGAAUUGUCUGCUUCUGUUCUAUUUACGCGAUGGAUGGCUCGCGUCAAAGCGACACUUGACCAUCAACUCGUUAUCACUAAUGUUUUUGCCUGGUCUGACUCACAAAUAGUUUUGUCUUGGUUGAUCAAUCCACACUCUUUGUUCAAAAUAUUUGUCUCUAAUCGAGUGCACCAGGUGCAUCAACUUUUACCAUCGUGUAAAUGGGGAUAUGUACGUACUGAUGAUAACCCGGCUGAUUGUGCCUCGCGUGGAAUGCAGCCCUCAGCCCUUAUGCAACUCCCCCUGUAUUGGCAUGGGCCUAAAUUUUUACGUAAUUCUGAGGAUACCUGGGACCUUUCGCCUUGUAUAAUGUCCUUAGAAGAGCUGCCUGAAACAAAGGGCGUUUCCUUAGCUGUGCAUCUCAACACUGAUGGCGAAUGGUUCUCACGUUUUUCUUCAUAUACCAACAUGCUUAGAGUCGUCACAUGGAUGCGUCGUUUUAUUGGAUCAUGUCAAGGUAAGACGUACUCCAAUGCCUUUCUAUGUCAAUCGGAAUUAACUGAUUCCCUAACAGUUCUUGUCAAAGCGUCUCAAUUACAGACACUGGGGAAAUUGCUACACAAUUUGCAGCAUGAUCAAGCGCCACCUCGAACGUUUGCUGUGCUCCGCCCAUUCAUUGAUCCUUGUGGCUUGAUCCGUGUCGGUGGUCGUUUGGCACAUGCUGAUUUAACAGAAGCUCAAAAGCAGCCAAUAUUACUGUCAAAGACAUCUUAUCUUUCGUUACUUAUUGUCCGGCAUUGGCACCUUGUGACGUGCCAUUCGGGACCUAGAGUUAUAACAGCUUUAAUCGCUUGUCAAUUUUGGAUUGCGUCUGUGCGGUGUGUGAUCAGGAAAGUCAUUGGUUCAUGUACCAUAUGCGUCAGAGCAAUUGCUCAAACUCAAACUCCCCUCAUGGCUGAUUUGCCCGCGGUACGUGUUCAAGCUUGCCGACCGUUCUCCCGUGUUGGGAUUGACUACGCUGGUCCCUUGCCAAUGCGCGAAUGCCGCUUGCGGAAGGCAAGACAAUAUAAAGUGUAUGUCGCUGUAUUUGUAUGCAUGGCCGUGAAGGCGGUGCAUUUAGAAAUAGUAUUGGACUUGACUACCGAUGCGUUCUUGGCCGCACUCGAUCGUUUCGUUGCGCGACGUGGUCUUCCGCACGAAAUAUUCUCAGACUGCGGGACCAAUUUUGUUGGAGCGUCAAAACAAUUGCGUCAAUUAGUGAACAAUCCGGAAAAUCAUCACAGAAUUUCUUCCCACUCGUCGUGUACAUGGAUUUUCAACCCACCAAGUGCUCCGCACUUCGGUGGAUUGUGGGAAGCUGCAGUACGCUCGUUUAAGACUUUGCUAACCCGUGUCAUGGGUAGUCAUAAUCCGUCACUCGAGGAACUGUCUACCAUUUUAUGCCGUAUCGAAGCGAUCUUAAAUUCGAGGCCACUCACUCCGAUGUCAUCGUCGCCUCUUGAUCUCGACUACUUGUCUCCGGGGCACUUUUUAAUUGGACAACCUCUGCUCGCUGUUCCUGAACGUCAUAUACCCGAGGACAGCCGGAAAAUUGUCAAUCGUUGGAAGUUACUUCAUCAGUUUCAUCAGUCGUUUUGGCGUCGGUGGACCAGUGAAUACCUGUGUUCAUUACAGGCACGAACCAAAUGGACAAACAAUGUUCCUAACCUCAAAGAUGGAGACAUGGUUGUAAUUAAAGACAACCAGAGCCCUCCUACGGCGUGGCGUUUAGGUCGGGUCUUGAGUGUCAUGCCUGGAGCUGAUGGCGUUGUGCGUGUAGCUAGAGUGUUGACGGCCCAGGGUGAGCUUACCAGACCAGUUGUAAAAUUGGUGCUGCUGCCCACAGAAUAG